GUAUUGCAUCAAAAAGAGAGAAAACAUUUCGAUAGUGAUUAUUAUCUUUGUUUAUAUUUCGUUUUAGCUAAAGAUGAUAAAUUUAUCAGCGCGCUAACCAUGGAAAUUCCUGACGUGGCUAAAGACUUUGUCAAGUUUGAGAAGGCAGAUUUGAUCCGGCUACAUGGUGCUUACACAUGCAUGCAGCGUGAGGCGAGCGCGCUUCGCGACAAGCCUUGGCAGUGCCAUGUUGUACGCUGCCGGGACAUGAGGCAAACUGUUACACACAUGAUGUCAUGCCCGUCUGACAAGAAUUGCAGUUGGCCUGUCGAUUGUUCCUUGUUGAGACAAGAAAUUAAACGCUUCGUAAGUUGCAAAGAGGGAGAGUGUCCCAUCUGCAUACAGAAGAAGAAGUGGCAAAUGUCUGUAUCUGCAGAACAAAGAAGCAAUCUAAUUGACCUACUGGUGCAAACUAUUUCGAACUCCAAUUCCAUAUUCUACGGUAAUAGACAUUUCUCCUUACAUCAGAAAGUAUUAUACACUAAGUCGAUAGAGGGUGAAAUUUACAAUAAGGCUGAAAAUCUGACGGAUUACUACCGAAUGCUGGCUGGAAAGAAAUGGGAGAUUAAAAUGUACAUCGAAGAGAGAGAAAGGUACAGACAGAACAAACAGCGCUUUCAGGCGAAUAUAGACGUCGAGGAGAGGCGGAGGACGAGACGGAGUGUCUAUAGUCCCUAUAUACUAUUUAAUGCUCGUGGGGCGGGGCCUGAACAACCCGACAUACAUUAGAAUUAGAAUUGUGUUUUAGACUAGACAAAAAAAAUUCAAAUUCACUCCUUCUUGAUGCGACUGGCAAAUCAUAUUACUUUUAAGCAACCGGGUUUUUUAACCUAAUUAGACCCCGCUGAAUCCGAAUUUGCCGGUUGCUCGAUCGAAAUCUUGACCGGAAGCGAGAUAUUUGACAUUAAAGGUCCCUUUUUUAGUUUUUCGUAAAUAACUCUUAAACGGUGGCCCAUAGCAAAAAAUGUUCUAUUACAUAAGUAAUCUGCAUAAAAUUGCCUACAAGAAAGAUUCAGUACAAUUUUCGCUAGGAUCAAUAUUCAUAGAGAUAUUAACGCGGAAAAUUCAAUUAUAAUCACUUUUAAGGUCCCUUUUUUAGUU